ACUUCUUUGUCUGGCAAUCUGAUGGAAGUGUCUGGGAUUGGCGGUUGCCAGAAGAACAGUACUUUGCCUGACUGCAUUGUGCACAAGCAGGGGCGGACUGACCAUUUGGGAACUCGGGCACUGCCCGAGGGCCAGGGGACAGUAGGGGGCCCCAUGAGAUGCCCCUGGUACCUUUCAUAGGCUUUUUUGGGUGUGGUUUGAGUGUGGGUAAGGACACAGGGGCCCCAUGAUCCCUUGCCCGGGGUCCCAUGAGUUGUCGUCCGCCCCUGGUGCCAAGUGUAAAGUUUGGUGGAGGGGGAUUAUGAUGUGGGGUUGUUUUUCAGGGUAAAGAGAACUCUUAAGGUGUCAGCAUACC